AUGUCCUCAGCAUCGACACCAUCCCCACCGCCGCACAAGUAUCCGCCUGUUAAGUUACCACACCCAUACCUCACAGCAUAUCGAGUUCACGUCGUUGAACCGUCAUCACCCACCAAGCUCACCUUGGUUCAUGAAGGUCAGCCCUCGGGGACAAAUUCUCUGCCCAAGCCACUGCACUCCGACACACUCACUUGGACUGAGCUCUCCUUUGGCCCAAAGUCAGAGUGGCCUCCUUUGUCCAACAACAGUGCCUGGGCGCGAGCACGUCGAAGUCCUGGGACAGUGUUUGAAUGGACCGAAAGCAGCCCACCGUCACUCGGCCAGAUCUGGAACGUGGUUCACGCAAUCUACCUUGGUCACCCUACCAACGAGUACUUCCGGCUGAGUCUGAACGGGUCAGGCAAAGACGUCGUUCGAACGGAACUACUCACAACCGGACUGGCGAUCGAGUACCCCAAGGCAUGGCGUCCCGGCGACGAUAAAGAUUUCCGAUCUGACGAGCUGUUGAUCUUGAGAAGUUCGUUCUGGCAGGGGGCCGGUUCUCCUUUGGGCCCUCGUCCAAUCUGGGCAGUCGGCGACGGCACAGACGGCGCUCUGCGGGAGUCACUAGGCCAGUACGCCAUUAUGCCUGAGAACUACCACUUCACCAUGAAAUUCCCCGACGAGCCAAUCUACACGCGCCACCCUAUCCGUAGACCAAAGCCGCAUCCUGGCUCGAUCGCCUACAGCCGCUACAUUCCAGAACUCGACGAACACUUCUCGCUCGAGGUGGUAGACUGGCAGAACGCGGAGCACCUCAAGUUGUUCAAUACGUGGCAGAACGACCCCCGUGUUGCUCAGGGCUGGAAUGAGACCGGCACACUAGACCAGCACCGCGAGUACUUGAGAAAAUUGUGGUUCGAUCCUCAUGUCCUGUGCCUGUUUGGACGGUUCGACGACACGCGGUUUUCGUACUAUGAACUAUAUUGGGCCAAGGAGGACCACUACGGCGCUCACUACGACGCAGGAGAGUACGAUCGUGGACGCCACUCGCUGGUCGGCGACGCCUCGUUCCGCGGCUCCCGCAGGGUGAACGCAUGGUACUCGAGCUGCAUCCACUACUGUUUCCUGGACGACCCGCGCACGGCGAAUGUCGUCGGAGAGCCCAAGGCCGCCGGCGCCACGAUUCUGUCGUACGAACAGUCGCAGGGCCUGGUGAUUGGCAAGUACGUCGACCUGGGCCACAAGAGGUCGGUCCACUCGGUAUGCAGUCGCGAAAAGUGGUUUCAGUUAUGUCCUCUGUUUUGGGACGGAAGGGAACGACCAUUAGAGUCGGCGGACCGUGCAGCAUGGAAUGCAAAACUCUAG